UCUGCCGCUGCACUUCCUCUACCAGGCAGUUGCUUUCACUUCUUCACAACACUAUAUAUUAGCCUUAUAUUCGUUCAUCUGUGCUCAGGGCCUCUCGUCUCUUUCACUCCUGCUGAUCACACUCUAUAAUCUAUGUUUUCAACUUGUUCUCCGGAAGUCUUUGUUUGACAGCCACACACCCACUCAGCCACCCAGCCAGCCCUUCUCCUUUUCUCACUCUCCUCCUCUCUGCCUCACCACUUUCAUAGUGCAUCUUCUCUCUCAUUUGCAUUUGUUCCGCUUCCUCGUGACAAGAAACAGUACAUGUCAAAGAGCUGCCAGAGAAAAUCGAAUGGGAGAACACAUGGCCCGGAUGACAGACCAGAUUUAAAUGAGCAGGUACACUGAGGAUGGGGCUGUUGAGUGUAGAAGAUUUACCAGGCUGGAUAAUUGUUACUGAUUGGAGUGUAAAGCAAGACGGUAAUUAGAGACCUGGCACUGGUACAUCACGACAGCAGCAGUGUUACCAUGGAGACUGGCAAGCCAGGAUUGGCGAGUGCUCCAGUGCACAUCAGUUCCGUUGCAGCACAGACAGAGAAAAGGAUGGACAUACAGGCCCCACUGACAGCUGUUUACAUCCACACAGUGCCUGCUCUACCAGCACAGCCUUACCCCCAGCCUCCUGCAGCGGCCCGGGAGCCUGCCGCACUCCAUCUGGCCAUGCCACCGCUCUACUCCAAGGAGACGCUUCCCUUUCUGACACUCCAUAUUGCUGGUGGGCUGCAGUCUCAGCCAGGAUUGAGUCUGGUGGCUGCUGCUCCUGCAGCCAGACCCAAGUCAGCAGGAAAGCAUGUGUGUCCUCACUGUGGACGGGACUGCAUGAAGCCCAGCGUGCUGGAGAAGCAUCUCCGCUGCCACACUGGGGAACGGCCUUACCCCUGCAACACUUGUGGAGUUUCUUUUAAGACUCAGAGCAACCUCUACAAACAUAAGCGUACUCAGGCUCAUGCCCGCCUCUCAUCUGAAUCAGAGCAGAGCAGCCUGGGCAGCCUGGACAGCAUGUCCAGCUCUAGGGAGACUUGUACCUCCAGUUUGUCUCUAGAUGAGCGCAGUGAGGAGUCGGGAAGCCUGGAGAAGGAUACCACAAUACCCACUGCUGAGAUCACCUGUCCAGCCAGUACAUCAAAGGUCUACUCUGUAAAGAUGCAAGCGCCUGUCAGUGAAAAGAACGAGCUGACCCCUACAGGUCAUAAGACAGAGCCAAAUGAAUGUGCAGAGGUAACAAAAGAAGAGGAGAAACAGAGGAUGGAAAGCGAAAAGCUUCCUCUGACCGUUAGUCGACAUCUUCCCCUUCAAAGACAAGAGGCCACUCUGUUCUCCAAGCAGUGGGAGAGCUCUGUAUCCAGAGGGAAGUCACAGAGCCAUGAGAGCACUGACUCAGGCUACAGUGAGAGCAGUGAUCAUUACCUAAGCCCCAGCAGCAUUAUACCGGACCACAGUAUGGAUUCCCUUGCCAAAUCCACCAAGGAGCAUCUUGAAGAAUCCACCAGCACAUGUGUGCCUUCUGAACCAGGCCAAGGAGGACAGGAGACCAAAGACACUGCAAGGGAGCAGGAGCAGAGGACACUGGAGGAGCGCAUAUCUAAACUGAUUUCGGAGAAUACAGCUGUUGUGGAGGACAAACAGCUGGAGAAUGUAAGGCCACGGAAGACAGUUCUUUCUAAACAGGGUAGCAUUGACCUCCCAAUGCCAUACACAUACAAGGACUCCUUUCACUUUGACAUGAGAAUCAGUAAAACUCCGAAUGUUGGGAUACAAAGAAACAGGAAUCCCGGAUUGUACAGCUCAGUGCCAACUCAGCGCUCCUCCACCAUGGAUCAUGCACCCUUAACCCGCAGCAACUCCCUCCCCUUUAGUGUUACCCUUCUGCAGCCCGAGGGGAGCAGCCCAACUGCCUCCUAUCAGAACGAUUAUGUAACACUCAUUCGGAGGGGAAGCUCUGGCCAGAUCAAUCCAACAGGUUUCGCAAUCAAGCCUCUGAACCAGCAGUCAUCCACCCACCGCCCACUAGUCCGGCAGACAGCCGUAGACUGCAACCACGCAACAGAUGCUCUCUUCAUGAAUUCAUCUGUGGAGGAGGUGUGCGCCGGCAGUUUCAGCUGUGAUGGGGAUGGCGGUGACAUUUGUGGAGAGCCAAGCAACAGAAAGUUCCGGAGGAAGAAAGCACAGAAGUUUGCUUACAACAAGUGGUACAUGUAUGGGGGAGGGACAUUUAAGAAGCUCUACAAUGCUGAGAAAGUUGGUGAUAAUAGUGUUAUCAAAGGCAGGAAAUCUUCUACAAACCCAGAGCAUGAGGUUGUUCAGGGCCUGCAAAAAAGGUUGUCAGCAGUUUGUAAAGAGACAGUAAAGACAACAAGCUCAACUACAAACUUCAUAAGCAGCAGUUCAACAGUGUGCCAUCCAGGUUGCCCUCCUGCAAAGCUCUCUGGUGUAGAUUUGAAUCUAAAAACUGGCCAGCUUCAUUCAUCAUGCAGCUCUCUUAAGACUCCACUCGGGAGAAACCUGUCUUUGUCUACAUUGCCAUUACCUUCUAUUGGAUCACUAGUUACUCACAAAACAGACAGCAUGAGCAGAGCAGAUGCAGGGAAAUUGAUUAAUGCAGAAAAACAUACCGACUCCACCUCCCAGUUCUGCAGGGCCCAUAUUCCCUCCGACAGGAAAAAGCAGAGAACUGAUGACAAAAUAAUUUGCCCUGUGGAGAUGGAGACUGACCCAAACACACUGACUCAUCCCCCUCCCUCUGUCACUGGCUGUGUGCCUCAGCAGGAUACAAAUCUCAAUUAUGUCAACCUUCAAACAAAUCAAAAACAUUCUCAGCUCAAAGGAGCUCUCUUUCCUCCUUGCAUAAUCAAUGCAAAUGCACCGUCUAUUAGCACCUCACCAGCCACUUCCAUCCCCUCCUCUGCCAAGACAAGCUUCUUGCCCAAGUACCAGCUAAAGUUACCGAACACUGCUGAACAUGAUUCAAAUCCUACGCUGCCUGUUGUGGAUAAACCGACAGGAACUGAUGGCCGCACUUUCUCCUCUGUUCUGUCAUCUUCUCACACUGAGCAAACCUCAAGCUCAGUCACAACUUCUGAAAAUAAAUGUUGUGAUCCUGUCACCUCGCCAUUGGUGCAGACAUGUGAUAUCAAAAAGACAAAUGGUUUUAGCUCCUUUCAAGGCCAGCUACUCUCGCCUGAAUCUUUAAGACUCAAUCAAAACGUGACAUCUAAUCUUGCCAUAGUGCACAGGCCAUUUGCAGGAACCACGAUAACCACAACCUGCCUACAAUCUUAUCAGGCAGGAUUAUGCAGCACUUCAAUUGAGAGCUUGCCUCCAAAACCAUGUGUGAGUUCAGCAUCUAUGCAUCUACCCAGACCUGUUGCAGCUGUGGUUGAGAACUUCCCUGCUACACAUAUCAUAACCACAGAAAACAAUCAGCCAUCUGCUGCUACCAUUACAGCUUUCUCACAAGGACAACCCCCACCUUUGUCACACACACAUGCCUCGUCAGCAUCAGGCCAGUUGAAUCCUGCAAACGGAGCAAACGCUGCUUCAAAUACUCCGAUUGUACCGUGUCACAUUGCACCAUUUGACUCAGUGCAGCCAGCAGGACAGAACAUCUUUCAUGUUCAUACAGCGGACCUCCAGAUCUGCUUGCAGAUCAUAUCCGAUGAGCAACUGGCUCUCAUUGAACCCCAAAUUGAGCGGCAGGCAGUUAGCAGCCUCUCACAGAGACGUGACAUGGACGCGGUGGCCCUGGAAAUGAUUCAGACUAAAGCUCAAAACUCUGUCCUCAUGGAAAAUAGUCAUGAGAAAAGUGAUCAUGAGCAGUCUGGAAAUCAAAAGGAGUUGGACCAAAGUAAGUCUUUACCUACCCUUAACAUGGAGAGCAUAAAACCUCCCCUGUCUGUCCAGUUUGGGAAGGCACAGCCGAAUCUCCACAUGACUGAACAUAGUGAUUCUACUCAGGCUACAGUAUCAGCUGAAUUUAAAACUCCUGAAGCUCUAGGCUUGCUGCAACGCCCACACAAACAAGGUCAUAUAAACACGGUCACAGAGACUCAGAGCUGUAUGGGCGAUGUUAUGUUAACUGCUGCUUCACUCAAAGGUGUAAAAUCAGGAAGGAACCAAACUUCAGACGAGGAACAUGCACUUUCUCUGAACCAUUGUGCUGAAGAACAACAUUUGCCAGACAGGCGGGUCAGCCAAGGUGGACUGGUCUCUCAAACACUCUCUGGCCAACACAAGCUCAAUAUGACUGCUCCUUCUCCUGGUGCAGUAAAUCAGAAGUGCACAAGGAGUGAAUUACUGGGCAAAGAAAGCCAACACAAACUUAAAAACAUAGGAGGCUCAUGUAAUGUAGGCGUAAUUCAAGCCAAGGGUGAAGACUUUAUAUAUGAAAGUAGCAGGUUAGAAAGUGGAGAGACCUGCCCUCCCCUGCAGGUCGGGCUAGGUCGGGCCUCCAGUACACUGUGUGCUGAUGAACUCUCUGGGACAGUUUCUACAUUUUCCAUGGAUAAAUGCAAAUCCCCAAGACAAUCAAAUCCACAAGUAUCCAUCUGCUGCAGAAAUGUGGAAUCUACAUUAUCAGAGACUCUAAAUUCAUCUAAACAUGCAAACAUGGGAUGUGACAGGGUGGGAUCUUCGGACAAUGCUGCUCCUUCACAGGAAAUGACUCUCAGUGAAUCACAGGGUGUAAUCAGUACAGCCCACUCAGAUAAACACAUGGGUCCGUUUACUUCAAUGUCUUCUGACAUCCAGGUGGAAAAAGCCAAAGACAUCCCAGCUGUGCUUACAAGUAUACAGAGCCCUACUGCAGUUUUUCUUCCCCUAGGGGUUAUGGAGGGAGCCUCCCUGGCAGGAUGUGCAGCCCAGAAGGAGCCGCAGACACAAGGACAUGGAGGGACCCCUGGACAGCCAGACUGGAGGCCAAAGCAGACCCAAGAGGCUGAGGAGACAAACACAAUGAUACAAUGCAUGGAGGAGCAGGGGAGUGGAGUGAUGGAAGAGAAUAAGAACGGAGGAAUGAGUAGUAUCAAGGCAGACGAGGUGCCAGGACAUUGGGGGAAGGUCGAGUCUAAUUGCAGAUACACAGUUUCACCAGAUCUGGUAACGCCAGAGGGAGAAGACAGAGGGGUCAAGGCAGAUUCGUCUUGGCUAUCUGAGCAACAUCUUCAGCAUCUUUCCCAGACGCAUCCUGGAAUGUCUGAAUACCCUCCACAGAGCCCUCAGCAAGCUCCAAGCACAUCAAAUAACCUUAAUUUACCUGCCAGCGGCAGUCAGACCGGCCUUUUCAAUUCUCCACAGCCCCCAUUGGAAAUGAACUUUUAUUUCUCACAACAGCAACACUGGAACAGCAGCAUCACUCAUAAUAAACAGACACAGAUCUUGAUUGAACCAAAUUCAAGUCAACAUACAGCUCAGGACCUGUUAGCGGAAACACAAAAUACUUUUUCACAAACUCAAACAUUUACACAUCAGGACCAAAAGCAAGACCAAAAGCUGACCCUGUCUGCUCAGCAAGGAAAUACUACUGCAGGAAACAAUAGUGCUGCAGAAUGCUGUUGUAAUAAAUCAACAUUAGGAAGCCAUAAAAGUCCAAGUCUCUCAUCUGAUGUCAAAAUAUCAUCUUCCACACACCCCAGCCAAGUUUCUCAUCCUGUUCAAGUCAGUAGAGUUGCUGGUUUGACAGGAGACACCCAAGCAACAAAGAGCAAGGUGCUGGAUAAUAAUACUGUGCGGCCAACACAGACUUUUAUGAACACAGAGCCUGAUAAUAAGCACGAAACCAAGGACCAGGCACCACAUGACUACACAAGUCAGAGCAGUAACUCUGAGAGAGGUGACAUAACCAACAAAUACCAGGCUUUUUUCUUGGCUGGUCAGCUUCACAGCUAUCAACCAGUUGACUGUCUGACCAGUGGAGUGAGGCCUGUGCAAAGCUGUCAGGACUACACAGAGGACACCAGCAGUAGUGAUGAUGAGGGAAAGCUUAUCAUUGAGCUUUAGGGGGGAGGUGCACAUGCCUACAUUCUUCUUAUAACUUUACCUGCUGUAGAUAUGUAUUUUUCAGAGGCAAAGCUGAUCCAGAGGCAGAAAUAAUAUCAUUGACUGAGUUAAUGAGAGGAGAGUGAAUGAACUGCAUUCAUUUGCUGGAAACUCAAAAUAAGUCAAAAAUAUGAAUAAAAAAUAAUAAAAACUUAAUUAUUUAUGUUUUUCAUUAUGAUAGGGCAACAAGCAGCUCUUAAAGAAUAAUGUAGGUUAUGUUUGGGCUAAUGUUCACAUCAUAUGCCUAAUGUAAUUACCAGCAGCCAAGUAGAAAAACUGUUCAGAUGAAACUCCUAGUUGUGAUUGCAAGUAUGAGAUAUUGUGAAUUUAUGAGAGCUACAAUAUCUCCAAUUGGUAAAAAGAACUACCAAACAGACCUGUGGUAAAAUGAAGACUAAAUCUCUAUUGGCAUGGGACUAGUUUUAACUGGGGACCUCUCCUCUAGUAAUUUGCAAUAAUUGCGGAGGUUGUCUGUGAUCUUAAUCCCGUGCAAAUCUGCAAUGUCUUUAAUUUGUAAAGUAAAAAUUCCACGACAAAAUAACUACCAUAUUUCACCAAACACAGAGGUCAUGUGAUAAUAUUAGUCCUGUGCAAAUCAGCAUCUCUGUGAUUUGGGGUCAUUUUUUUUUUUUUUUAGUAAGAUUUUUUGUUUUCUCCGUGCCUUUUUUCUGCAUCUUUCCCAAUGGAGAAUUAUGGAAGCUGUGGUGGAAAUUAUAAAUGAAAGAUUUGACAACAUUUGGGGUGCAAAUUCAGGAGGCUUAUCAUCUUGCUACACAGCAAGGAGACCCAUUCACAGAAAGAGCAACUUCGAAUCCAGAUGAGUCAAAUCUCAAAAGAUGAUGAGAUGGAUGACAUACAUGGCAGCAUGCGGUAAGGACUAUUUUUUUUUUAUCUUUCAACAGGCUCCAUACAAACGCCUUUAGUGCUAAGAGCCUUGACAUUUUCAAUCAUAUCUGGGAGAUAAUGUCAGUAAAUCCAAAUAAAAUCGAAACAGAAACAGUCCCAGGAGUGGGGGGGGGGGGGGGUCUAAAUCAUAUGAAGUCCCCAUCCCAUGAGAUCCCGUGCCAAUAGAGCUUAAUAAAAUCCAUAAAGGUAAUAACAGUGGGAGCCAUACACUGUUUGUUUAUAUCUGGCUAGAUAAUUUAGUCUUAAUUUCCAUUUCAAUGGUGUGACUACAAAGCUGGCAUGGGGGUGUCUUGGAUUAAUGUGUGAAAACUCCCAAGUUGGAGUGAUUUUUCACAUUCUUCUGUUUCAUUCAUGUAGUGUCAUUUGAAUGGGAAAACUAGGAAAACCUUCCAUUAGACUUAGGGGGCACACUCACAGCUAUCCUUGUAGUCACACUGGAUAAAUAGCCUAAAUUAGCUACUUUUGCUGUGUUAAUGCAAUGUGGUUUAUUAAUUAGAAGUGAAAGCAGUGAAAUAAGAUACAAUUUUAAACUCAUUUAAAAUGAUAUAAAUUGUAAUGGUGGUAACAUUGGACUUUAUUUUGAUCUAACUGCCAGCAAAUGUGGCUUUGCAGCCAUUUUGCCAGUAAUCGGUUCUAUAGUAGUUAUUUUCAUCAAGUUGAGGAUAUUGUAGCUGUAAGAAAUCCCUGAUAUCUCAGACUCAGAAUUACAACUCUUAAUUGCUAUCUGAACAAUAUGAUGUGGAUGUGACAUUUCCAUUGAACUAAAGUAGCAUGAAUGCAGUAUGAGACAUGUAGGGCCUGUGUGGACAUGCCCAUUCCUGUAAUGCCCACAAAAAGCCCAAAAGCUCAGGAAUAUUAAAAUAAAUGAAGAAAGGCAAUGACAUGUUGUGUUCUUUCAUUUAUGACCACCGUCAGCUAGCUAGGUUAGCUAACGUAGGUAACCUAGCUAAUGUUUUAUUGACACUUAUAUGAUUUAAAAAAAACUUGUUCACCAAGGUUUCCUGUACUCAUUGUCUAUUAAUUUAUAGUAAUACAUGUAAAUACCAGAAAUGAAACUAAUACCCAUUGGUCUGUAGUUCCCCCAACUCUGAAUCACUAACAAAAUAAGGCUAACAGAAACUUGAGUUUUUGCAGAUUAACAGUGCAGUAUCCAUCCUCUCUCAUUCCUUGCCUUUUUUGGCUUCAGUUGACUGUUGACAGAAUAAUUGUUGCUACUUCUGCUUUUUUAAUCUAAGCAAUGAGAUUACCUCUGCCUCAAAGAAAUGUGCAGCUUCCGAUCCUCUCACACACGCUUACACACACACAUAAUUGGUCAUAAUUUGUGUUUACCUUCCCACACUCACUCUCUCUCAUAAAUUGCACUCUGUAACCUUUAUAGGCAACACCUGUGUGUUACUCAUAUGCUGCCAGAUACCCAUUAAGUCAAUCACUGCUGCAAAUCAGAUCAACCUGGUGAAGCAGGCUUUGGCUGGAGGGGUAUGACCCUUUUCUCAGUCUGGGUUUUGCAAUGAGUCAGGAGCUAUGACAAAGCACUGGAGCUCAGGGGAACAGGAAAUGGGUGGAUGUGAACAUUUCUGUACAUAAAUCCACAGCUAUAGCUCAUGCUGACUUGCUUGCCAAUCCUCAGCCUAUUAGUCUUCAUAAAACAUUUUGGACUUGACAGUUGUAUGUGUGAAAAUAGUGCUGAAUGAGCUUAAUCUCAGCUUUAUCUCUGUUCAGGCCUGUUUGGUUUGAUGUGUUAGGUGAGUUUAUAGAGCUGUUUGAGACACAGGAAAUGCAAGUGUGCAAAAAUGUGCAACAGAGUUUACUUGGUCAAGUUAAAAGCAGAUUUAUUAUUGUGAUACAAAUAUUAAUAUUUGUUUUGUUUUCAUUUUCUAAUUUUAUAUUCUUGUUACAAAUUUAAUGCACAUCAUUUUGUGUCUUCAGCCAUUUUGUCAAAAGAAGAAGUAAA